GAAGCGUUCUCGUCGCGUGCCGCGUUUGAACCUUCGUCCCUUCCUAGAUUCUGACGGGUGAUCUAGAGCAGCUCCAGCCACUUGUGUCAUUGUGAUGCUUCUGGUAGCCUUAUCAGCGCCUGCAAAAAGAAGCAGGAAACCUUACAGACACACGAAGCCUUCAACCAUCUGGAACUCAGAAACUCGACUGGGGCCGACUGUGGCUUCUAGAACGCCCAGGUGUUCGGCAGAUGUGAGCGUCUAUCCCGUACUCACCAGCUGGUGACCCAGACAGAGGCAAGACUCGUGCUGCGGCUCUCACACCCCUGAGCACAGAGGGGUCAUUUUCCAAGAGGCCAAGGAACAGAGUUGUUGUCACUGGUGUCUGAUUAACCCACAUGGCCAGUCACCUCACGGAGCUGCAGGCGAGAGAGCCAAGUUCAGGGUUGCCAGUUUCCUGACCCUCUUGAAUUAGGAUUCCAGAUGGGGACCUCUCUUCUGUAGCCCCCACCAUCACCUAGAGCCAUCACCCCGCCACCACCACCAUCAUCAGAAACACUUUCUCGCAAACCCAGCCCGGCUCUCCAGGACCCCCUGCAUUGAACGGGAGCAGAAGGGAGCUCUCGGCCAGGUCUCUAGCCGUGGCCAAAAGCCAUCCCUGCCCACGAUCGGAAUCCUCCCCUUAUCACCAUGGCCGGGCUCUUCCUGAAGGUUUUUUUGGUGGGGGUGAGUUCCCUCGGAUGUCUUUAUCCUUUCGUGGAUUUUUGCUUCCGUGGGGAAACAAGAGGCCAGAAGCCGAAUUUCGUGAUCAUUUUGGCAGAUGACAUGGGGUGGGGUGACCUGGGAGCAAACUGGGCAGAAACGAAGGACACUGCCAACCUUGAUAAGCUGGCCACAGAAGGAAUGAGGUUUGUGGAUUUCCACGCAGCCGCCUCCACCUGCUCGCCCUCCAGGGCCUCCCUGCUCACUGGCCGGCUGGGCCUUCGUAAUGGGGUCACUCACAACUUUGCAGUCACCUCCGUGGGGGGCCUUCCACUCAACGAGACCACCUUGGCCGAGGUGCUGCAGCGGGCCGGCUACAUCACCGGGAUGAUUGGCAAGUGGCAUCUUGGACACCACGGCUCUUUUCACCCCAACUUCCGCGGUUUUGACUACUACUUUGGGAUCCCGUAUAGCCAUGACAUGGGCUGCACCGACACCCCGGGCUAUAACUACCCUCCUUGUCCGGCGUGUCCGCGGCGCCAUCGACCAUCCAGGAACCUGGAGAGGGACUGUUACUCUGACGUGGCCCUUCCUCUGUAUGAAAACCUCAACAUCGUGGAGCAGCCCGUGAACCUGAGCGGCCUUGCACGGAAAUAUGCCGAGAAGGCGACCCAGUUCAUCCAGCAGGCACGUGCCAGCGGAAGACCCUUCCUGCUCUACGUGGGCCUGGCCCACAUGCAUGUACCCUUAUCCAGGCCCCAGCGCUCAGCUGGUCCGUGGGAUCGAAGGCCAUACGCUGCAGGACUCCGGGAGAUGGACAGGCUCGUGGGCCAGAUCAAGGACAAAGUUGACCGCACAGCAAAAAACAACACAUUCCUCUGGUUUACAGGAGACAAUGGCCCGUGGGCUCAGAAGUGUGAGCUGGCAGGGAGUGUGGGGCCCUUCCUUGGAUCGUGGCAGAGUCGUCAAGGUGGAAGUCCAGCCAAGCAGACCACCUGGGAAGGAGGGCACCGCGUCCCGGCUCUGGCUUACUGGCCUGGCAGAGUCCCCACCAAUGUCAGCAGCACCGCUUUGUUAAGCGUGCUGGACAUCUUCCCCACCGUGGUGGCCCUGGCUGGGGCCAGCUUGCCCGGGGACCGACACUUUGACGGUCUGGAUGCCUCUGAGGUGCUGUUUGGCGGGGCGCCAGCUGGGCACAGGGUGCUGUUUCACCCCAACAGUGGGGCGGCCGGAGAGGAUGGAGCCCUUGAGACAGUGCGCCUGGAGCGGUACAAGGCCUUCUAUGUCACCGCAUCUCUGAUGGUGCCACCCCCAAACCCUAGUCCAGCAGAAGGGUUCAGCACCCAAGGGCCCGGCAGGCCCUCUGUACCCGCAAAUACGCACACAAGGUCUUUCUGCCUGGAUUUCCAGCAAGCUCAGAGCCCGCCUGGAUUUCCAGCAAAAGCUCAGAGCGAGACCAGCACAUUUACAGCCCUUUUCACAGGAAGAAUGUUUCAUCUCGUUGUUGUGCUUUCAAUGCCAGUUUGGCUGAACAUUAAAUGGAAGCUCAGAGAUACUUGCAAGUGUCAUUUACUUGACAAUAGAUUGUUUCAGAAAAUAGAUGUGAGAGGUCUGUUUAGCAAACCGAAGUCUCUCUCCUUCUUGGCUCACCCUGUGACCGGCUUAAAUGUAUAUUUUAGAAACAUGAUACAGAGUCAAGAUGCUUCCGAAAAUCUUCCAGUGGGCUUCCUGCUUCCGGCUGAAUUCAGACUCCCUCCGUCCUGGGUCCCUCUGCUUUUCUAGUCUUAGCUCUCCAAGAGCAGCAGCCCUCUUCCUCGGUGUCCAGAUUAAAAUCCCUCUCGGCUUUCAAGGCCACCUGGAUCCUGGAACGCUUCGUCUUCUCAGCUGAGGAGCAUACGGAGAAUGCGACAUUCAACACAUGCCGCCAUCUAUACCAGUUUUUUAAGGACAUGUUUGGUUUCUUCUGGUAGUCCUUAUUUUUCUUUGUGGCCACGCCCAAAGCCUGGGGAAGUUCCUGGGCCAGGGAUCAAACCCGUGCAAUUUAUCAGCAGUGACCUGAGCCGCUGCAGUCACUUUGCAGGAUCCUUAACCCCCCGCGCCACAGUAGAACUCCUUUUCUAGUAGUUUUGAGCUCUCUAAACUCACAGUCCUGUAUGCUCUUUAAUCUUUGGUGUCUCGAUGUGCUUGGCACAGAAUCUCGUACCUUGUGGGAACCCUAACGCUUUUUUAUGAUGACUGGAAAACACCCACUUCCCCAAACCCGCCACCACCACCACCACCACCAAAAUCUGGGACCUGAGGUGGAUUCCAAUUUGAUUCAGUUAUUUAAUAUUAGAGCUUUCCAAAGAAUUACAGAAUGAAAAACAACAAUUAUUUUCCCUGAGCAUGAAUAAGUGACCCCAAAGAAAAUGUGGCAGAAAAACAAAACAAGCUCUUUGAGUUCAUAACUUGAGGGAUAUUAAAAAUGCCACAAGACUCUUUGAUUCUCCCAAACCUAACAUGCAAACCAGUCAGAUAUUUGGUAUGCUUUCAGAUGGAAAGUGUCUAGAUUACAGCCUUUCUAUUACACUAUCUAAGAGGUAUGGUUUCUCCAGGCUGAGUUAAUUUCAGAAGUCAUAACCCUGCCAGAAAGCCCUUGGCACCAUAUAGCACUGGGAUCCUAAACAUUACUGUGAAGUCAUAGGACUGUUUAAAAUGAUCACAAUCCGAUAGGGAUGAUGAUACCCGGGGGGGGGUCCGUUCUUCAGAGGAGUCAACAAACUCCCAGGAGAGUUAGCAAGGGGAGAUGGGAAAUUGCAACAGAGGGGAUGAAAGCUGAACAGGAUGAAAAAGGAUGAGGCCUGGAUGUUUCUGCUUCCUCCCUUCCCACACAUUUGUCCUUGAAAAAAUCCGCAUCCUAAUUUCUUUCU